UAAGCGAAAUGGAGCCUAGAGAUGCCUAUCAGGAGCUGGACGACAUCCACCGAGGCAUCCUUGCACUGCAGAAAGAGGUGCCGCGUCAGAGAGAUGUGGCCAACGCCAUCAGCCACCUCACGGACAAACAGGUGGAACUGCAGUAUACAGCCGGGGCAGGGCUGCCGAAGGGAGGGGGAUCGGGGGGGCCACUCUCCAGUCGGUUGGCCGUCAUAUGCUAUGCGCAGACACACAUACACGGCAUCCCCUUCGAUGGGGCGCUGAAAAGGUAAGGUCAGCUCACGUGGGGCUCCUGUGUUCAUGGCUGUACGUGCUUGUGUGUGCAUGUAUUUGUGUGUGCAGGGUGCUCAAGAAGCGGGCGAAUGUGUUGCCGAGUGCCGGAUGGUCGUCAGGAGCCAAGCAGAGGAAGUUUCUGCAGGAGGCGACACUUGCAGCACUCGCCCCGACAAAUCGAUGGGGGCCUGGCGGCCUGAAGGUACCACAGCACGUUAUGGACCAAUCCAUCACCAGCUAUUCGAUUGCCGUUUGUGUCUGUGUGACCACCAGUCGUAUCUUGAGAAAGGAGUUGCGAAGGAGGCGACCAAGGCGCUCACACAGGGCGAAAGUCAAACUGGGAAAGGCCUCACACACGACGAGGCGGCAGCCUUCCUGGUCACGGAGGAUGCGCAUGCCGUGUCUACAACAGACAACGACGUCACCAAGAAACUUCAGGCCAGCUUCACCGAGCCUGCCCUUUCGGCUCUCGUCCACACCCACUUCGGCACACGCAGGCCUCCAGAGUCCAUGCUGAGGCACAUCCACGAGCAGACGAUGAUCGAGUGCGCACAGAAAGGCAUCCCGCCCCCAUCAAUGGACAGCCGGGGGGAGGAGGGGCUCGUCAAUGUGCUGGCUGAUGCGCUGACAAUCGAUUUGGAAAAAGUCGAGUAUCCCUUUCGCGAAACGGCGAAGCGGCCGGGGUUUGUGAGUGUACAGGUGACCACGCGGCUGCCGACGGCCAUUUGGGACCCUGUCGAUCCGUCCAAGAAGUCCAUCACGAGCAACGAGCUGUCGAGCGGCGUGUUUGUGGCCAGAUGUGACUUUGAGCCGGGGACGGUGCGGCACCUCAGAUUCACCAUCUCGCACAACCAACUGAUCAAGUGAGACAGCAUACGAAGCCGCCCAAAACUGUCACUCGGUGUGUAUCUGUGGUUGGUCAGGACGUUGGUGGGACAUCUGGCGCAACCUGAGGCAUCCUUUGAGAGGCGGCUGCGCAAGAAGUUCUCCGACGGCGAGGCGCAGUGUGCCCUCAUCAAACAUGCUGUCGCAGACCUGUGCAGGAGGUGCGCAGCCACACACUAGCACACACAAGAGAGCUGCUAUCCUUCUUAUCUGUGUCAGAUCUCCACUGAUCGCUCCAACAGACAGGUCUCAUCGACAGGCGGCCAAGGACGCCUCCCGCGCCCCCUCCUCCCUUCUCCCAGACACCAGCGUGACUGAGUGGCGGCAGCCGACAGCAGCGGAUGUUGCGUCAAGGUCUUCGGCAAAGAAGUCAACACUCGCGCCGCACGGCCACAAGAGCGAGGGCGGGAGGGAAGAGGGAAGGCGCAUUGGGUUGGGAAAAGGGAUGGGGGAGCUGCUGGACUUGCUCAUGGGGCAGCUGAGCCGAUUUGCUAAGGUCGUGGGACCGUUCCUGCAGGUGGGUGUCUGUGUCUCCUCUAUGCGUGGGAUCGCAUGGGGCACUGUUGUGCGCUUGUGUCUGUCUGUCUCAGGGGGCCCCUGGCUGUGUAGACUUGAUAUCUCUCGGCGUGCUGCGGAUAAUGGAUGACGUCAUCGACACAUACGAGAACCAAAUGGAAGAGGUGCACCCACAGCCCAAGCCACAGACGCCCAUGGAUCGAUGGCAUCGACAACGUACGUAUGUGUGUGUGUGUACGUCUGUGUUAGGACAGCGAUGGGCACAGGCGGGCGCUGAGUGAGAAGGACAGAGAGAUCGACGACCUCCUGGAGCGCCAGAAGCAGAACGAAGGGGCGGGGUCUGCCUACAUGAAGCUGAAGGAAAAGUACCGAGAGCUCAAGGAGGAGAUGCAGAAACAGGAAGACAUGUGGUGAGCACGCCACGCACACACACAGGCAGUCAGGCAGGCUGCACUUGCACUUGGAUCGAGCGACCCUUUGUGGGUGUGUUGCAGGUCUGACUUGUUGCGGCAGAAGAAUGACUUGGAGGUGGAGAAUGAGGAGCUGCACGACCGGGUGGAAGAGAUGGAAAGGAUCAUCAAAGCCUCCCAGGAAGGUACAAAUGAGUGGAGUGGUGGAAAUGGCGGUGAUGGAUGGCUGCUACACGCACUGGCAGGAAUGGAUGAGCCUCCCGCCGAGCCAUCGACGGGCACGCUACAGAGCCCUAAGAUACCUGGUGCUGUGCCGCCAGCCGAUGGGAUCAGCAGGCGCAAGUCGAUGAUGUACAUCAUGCAGAAGAUGGUCAUGCGCAUGCCGGCAGCCACACAGACGGGCGACCUGAGUGAGCACGACGACCAGCGGGAGAUCCAUAGCCUCUUCGACGGCCUCAGUUUUUUUCAGGUGGGUGCAUGCUACACACAGCACAAGUCAUGUCUCACUUAAUCCAAGAUCGUCUGUUUAUUUUGAUGCGUGUGUGUGCGUGUGUGUGUGUCUGUAGGAUAGGACGGCAGACUUUCUGUAUGAUCCCGUGAAGAGGAGAUACAAGAGAAGGGCCGCAGCGGUACGAGCCUCACGACGAUCGGUGGCAAUGUUGUGUCAUGUCUCGUCCCUGAUGUCUGCUGGCAGGAGGAGGGACUAGACGUGAUGUCGAAACAAAGGUAGUCGAUUACCACUCUGCACAUUUCUUUCAAAGAGGCGUAUGGCUGCAUCUCUUUUUUGUGCAGGGACAAAGUGAAGAAGACGCUCACGGCACUCUGCCAAGCUCAGAUGGAUAGCAUUGCCCAAAAGGCUGGGCCGUCCCUGGGUGACUCACGCAAAGCCAUCCAACAAGCACUCACCGACCAGGCAGACGCUAGGUACGCCAUCCACAUGUGAUAUCGAACACCCCUGUUCGAAGCGUGUGUGCGUGCGAAUAUGCAGGUAUCGUUCUCUCGUGGAUCGGCUGGAUCAGUCAUAUGAGCUGUACGAGGGCGAAUACAAGGCACUGUCCGCCUCACUCAAGAAGCUGCAGGUGGGUUUAGGUGCCCCCGCCCGUUGCGUGGGCCGACACUUUCGGAUGCGUUUGCUAUUCUCCUUUUCUAUGGAGCAGCAAGAGAAGUCCAUUGUGGGUCUGAGUGAGGAGGUCUCGCCACUCAGAUCGAACAAGGAGACGCAAACAGAUGCGGUGAGACAAGGAGGAGGGGCCCACCUGUGUGCGCGUCGCUGUGUGUCAUCCUGUCUGUCUGCUUGUGUGUCAGUCUCUCAAGGCGACUGUGGCCAAGCGUGUGCGUCGCAUGAGUCAGGAGGACUUCCUCAAAGACACCGGCACAAAGCCAUCCACACUCACCAAAGAACAGGUAUCCCGCACAUACACAAUCCUACGAUCUAGAAGAGCCCGCAGACAUCUGGUUGAUGGAUCAGUUUGCCGCUGAGGGCAGAGACAUCCUCGUCACAUGGGCCAGCCGACUGCUCAAAGCAAGCGAGCCCAUGCAGACACAUAGAUGGACGCCCAUGCAAUGUCCUGUCUCUGCUGCUAAUCGGCUUUUCAGGAGCAAGAGGGUCCGCUGUCCGGUGUUAAUCGCUAUCGGCUGACGCAGCACCUCACCACCUACUACCUGCGGAAAUACGGCCUCGUCUCCCUCACCAAUGCGGCCAAACAGAACUUCAGCAGCGCCGUCACCGGGCAGCUGAGCAGCAACCACUUCGCACAGCUAAUCAUCAGGCACGCACAACUCACAUGACACACAAGCAUUGACACCUCCUUGUCUCACGUGGGGUGAUGAAUCGACCGUCAGGAUGUUGUGCGACGAGACUGACGACGCCGACUCAUACCCCUUGCCGGACUUUCUCGAGUCCAAGAUGCAGCACCAGUUCAUCAACAAGGGCCACUCACACACUAACGGCUCGACAGACUUUGCCAACGAAGGAUUCCUGCGCCUGAAAUUUCGCAAGUUGGGGAGGCUGGCAGCUCAGCAGACGUCUCUCGCUGUGCGGCUGCUGCACGAAAUGGACACCAUUUGGAAGGGCGACAAGGACAGCAAGAAGACAAAGAGGCGGAGCGGGCCAACGGGCGAAGUGCAGGGCGUGGAUGUGUGCCUGCAAGCGGCGAAUGCGUGAGGGACCAUUGCGUGCAAGGCGAAUGAAAUGUGUGUUGGCUCUUUUCAAAACGUCAGGCUUUUGAAGGAUGCAUCGCCUGUGCUGACACAUGAGUUCCACCGAUGUCUGGCAGACUUUGCCCACAUGGAGUCAGAAGCCGCCGCCACUCCAAAUGGCGACGUAGGCACAAAAGAUAACAAGGAAGAGCCACAUCCCACCGUGCUUGUGUGUCCUGCUUGCUGUCUCUAUGCAGGGCAGUCGCACGUCGUCUGGCGAUCCUCUGGUGCGCCUGGCUGCGUUGGUGGGGAUGUGCAUCGUCAGCUACAUGAAGAAGGCAAAGCCGCACACAGUCGUCGCCGGCACCUGGCCAGUGGACUCAUGGCAGCUCAUUGCCAAGGGUGGGCUGAAGAGCGGGAAGAGGAGUAAAGGGUGCUUGUGUGCAUUCCUUGGAUGUGUGUGUCUGCGGGCGUCAGGCGAAGAGAAUGCCUCAUUUGAGAGUGUCUACAAGUGGCUGAGACACAAGGCCAAAGUGCACUUCAACCGGGUGAGCGCACUGGCCGUCUCUUAUCCAACCGAUUACUUGGACACCUUACGUGUGCAUGUCAGAGUGAGAUAUCUGCCGUGUUUGCUCGGGAAGGUCUCGUCGACAAGGACAGUGCCGCGGACGGGGCAAAUGCGACCGUCAGCGGACCCGCGUUCAGGAGACUUUUCAUGUAAUGAGAGACUGCACGGGCAGACAGAUGAGAGUGUCUGGACGGUGUCUGUGUGCGCGUGUGUGUGGAAUGGUGUCAGGAAGACCAUGACAGCCGAUUAUGCGUGUGUCGUGUCCGACGCGUCUGCCAUGUGGUGCAUAGUCAUCGCGGCGGUGCAGGAGCACUAUCACAAAGCCGACGUCAUCAACACCAUAUUCGACCAAUUCGCCACCUCUGGUAAGGUUACAGAGACAAAGAGGGAGAGACAUGAAUACGGUCCUCUAUGCUUGUGGUGUCUGUCGAUGUGAUGUGAUGUGGCGAGCAGGUGACGGCCUGUUGCAGCUGGAUGAGUUUUCUGCUUUCAUGCGGCACCUCGACAGCAACGUCUCCGAGAGCACCAUCGAGUCCAUCUACGUCACAUCCAUCGACUACGGUACGCCACGUGUCCCGUGUCUCACCUCUCUUCUCUUCAUUACCUUGUGCCUCUGUUCAUCUCUCAGGCGAGGCUGACGCCUUCAGCAAGGCAGGUCUGCUGGCAUGUCUGGAGGACUUCUCCUUCUUCGCUUCGCCCAACUUCCUGUCUCGGUCUGAGGAGCUGAUCGAGCUGGCGAGGAGGCAAGAGCCAUCCCUCACGCCCCUGAGCCACAGCAGCAGCAGCAGCAGCUCUGCAUCGGGGCGUGAUUGAUAUGAUGCUCGUGUGAUCCCAUUCGCUUUCAUUGUGGGUGCCUUCGGUCAGUGUACAGUGAGCAGAUUUGAGCUGUCAGUGACAUGACGGACACUUGGGUGGGUCCAAUACAUUGUCCUGUGCUGACGUGGGAACAAUAUACGAAGAGACACCACAAUAUAAAAUGUAGGCAACGAUGAG